AUGGCAGCUCGAGGCACCGGCGACGCGUGGCUGCCCUCGUCUCUCGAAGCCGCCAGAGUCGUGUCGCUGCCAUCGACCGCCUAUUACUUACCGAACUUCAUCAGCGAGGAAGAGGGGCGCCUGAUUCUUGACAAAAUCGCCGCGGCUCCCCGUCCGCGAUGGAAACAACUCACCCAUCGACGUCUACAGACCUGGCCGUCAGACCUCGUCCAGAACAAGCUCCUCGAUGCACCGCUGCCCUCGUGGCUCGAAACACCCAUAGUGCCGCGGCUACUGUCCCUCCCGCUCUCUGACGACAGUGACUCUCCCAAGCACAUCUUCGCCGAAAGCCCCCACCAGCGCCCGAACCACGUCCUCAUCAACGAAUAUCCUCCCGGAGUCGGCAUCAUGCCGCAUAACAAGGAGGACGGUGCCCUUGAUCCCGAGCCUGCCUGGCGCAUUCUCCAAGAACCUCGUAGCCUUCUCAUCACCACAGCCAAUCUCUAUACGGACUAUCUGCAUGGCAUCGCCGACACUGAGGAGGAUCUUGACCUAUCUGCCGACACGAUUGUGAACUGGCCGUUGCUUCGAGAUCCCGAGGCGUUUGCUGGCGGUCGAAACCCGCGGCAGACCCGCACCAGCCUCACAUACCGAGACGUCCUCCAAGUUUCCAAAGUCGGAACCAAAUUGGGUCUCUUCGGCAAGCGAUAA